AUGGCACUAUAUGGGACUUCUGACACCUUGAUGUGCAAGGCGUUCCCAACGACCCUAAGGGGACCGGCCCGCGCAUGGUACAGCGGCCUGAAGACCGGGACCAUCUCUUCCUUCGACCAGCUCGCUCGAGACUUCAAGCUCAACUUCCUGGCCUACGCCCGUCCGAAGCCGUCCGUGGCGUUGCUCCUCGGACUCCACCAAAGGGAGGACGAGCCCCUCUCCCACUUCGUAAACCAUUUUACGACGCAGAUCCGAGGACUCUCAGACGCUCACCCUUCUCUAUUGAUGCAGGCGUUCAUGAUAGGCCUGCGGCCCUCCAGGUUCUUCUGGUCUCUGGUGGAGCGGCCCCCCACGACGGUACCCGAGAUGCUCCAGCGGGCGAGCCAGUUCGUCGCUGCAGAGACAUGGAUGGCCGGGAAGCGCGAAGAGCACAAGAUGUGUCGGGAGCUAAAGAGGCAGAUUGAGGAGCUCAUUCGUAGGGGACACCUCGGUCAGUACCUCCGACUGGACAAGGAACUUUCACCACGCCCGGAGGGUCCCAUUGAACGACACAUCGACGUAAUAGCUGGCGGCCCCGCAUCUGGGGGGGAUUCUAUGACCAGAAGAAAGGCGUACGCCAGAGCCGCUCCGGCCGAAGCUCCUAGGCACGGGCCCGAGCCUAACAUCACCUUCCCGGCCGAGGCAUUCGAACAAACCGAGCACGACGACGCGCUCGUGAUAUCGGCCAGAAUAGCCAAUGCGCAAGUAAGAAGGAUCAUGGUCGAUACCGGGAGCUCGGCCGACAUACUCUACUUCGACGCCUUCCAAAAGCUCGGCUUAUCCGGAGAUAACAUGAAGCCGAUGUUCUCGGCACUCACCGGAUUCACUAGUGAUUCAAUCUCGCCGCUGGGGGCGAUCACUUUACCAUUGACCCUGGGAGCCCCGCCGAGGUCGAAGAUGGUGAUGACCACCUUCCUGGUACUCGACCUUCCCGCUACAUAUAACGCCAUUCUCGGCCGGCCGACCCUCAACAAAAUCAGAGCUGUCGUCUCGACCUACUACCAAACUGUGAAGUUCCCGACCCAUGCCGGGACCGGAGUGGUCGUAGGAAGUCCCCGAGAAUCCAGGCGCUGCUACCUAGCCGCCGUUUCGCUACCCAAGAGGGCCAGGAUCGAACCACCGUUGGCGGACCCCCGGGAGGCAAAGAAGCCAGCCUCCCAUCCUGAGCCGAGGGGGUCCACCAUCGACGUGUCGCUGCUAGAAGAUCGGCCGAAGCAGAUGGUUAGGAUCGGGUCAGGGCUACCCGAGCAAGAAUGA